AUGGCUACUAAAUACUCUUAUGAUCAUAAAACAAAAGCAUCGAACGUUUCAAAUCGGCGUCUGACAAAUUUGGAAACAUUUUCCCUCUUAUGGCUUGAUGCUAACACUAAUUCAACUGCAGAAAAUAGAGAUACACAAAACCAGUUACGCCGCACAACUAAUUUUCUCAAAACAUUCCGCACAUGUGAUGAAUGUGAAGAAUAUAUUCGAGAAGUGACAGAUGGGAAAAUUGUUUUGAUUGUAAAAGGUAUAUUUGUCGAUGCAGCUAGUUUGAUCAGACAAGUAUCAUCUGAUCAACGUCUUCGAACUCGAACAGAAGAGUUGCUGGCCAUAUCGGUCUGCUCACCAAUAGAUCACAAAGCAAUGGAAACAGUGGAAUUGAAUAAUUUACAAAGAAAUGAAGGACAGUUGAUGUCAAUGAAUAAUUUUCUCUCAACAACCUUCGAUGAACAAUUGGUUCGACUUUUUGCUGAUUCAAUUGUUCCCACAGAUUCGAUUCAACGAGUUUUAUUCGAGAUCAAAAUUGAUACUCGUCUCGAUAAUCGUCCGUUUGCUGAUAUUUCUCAUUUGAACAUUAGUGGUAGUUCAAAAGAAGCUAAUCUUUUGACAGCCGGUACUGUGUUACACAAUAUGGGUGAUUAUAAUAGAGCCAAAAAAUACUUCAACCGUGUAUUGAAUGAACUAAAACAUGAGGAUAUAAACGCUGCCCAUUGCCAUUCUUAUCUGGGAACAGCUUUAGCUAAACUAGCUGAGUAUGAUGAAGCACUUUAUCAUUUAAACGAAAGUGUUACAUUGUACAAGAGAUUUCAAUAUUCAGAUGAUAUAUGCGGAAUUAGUCGAUGCUAUUAUUGGAUGGGAAAAUCAGUUUUUAAGUGCAAAAAGGAAUAUAAAACUGCACUUGAAUAUUUAGAGAAAGCCUUGAAAAUACAAGAAUUUGAACUUCCUGCUGAUCAUGUUCGGAUUGCAGGUACUCUACGCGAGAUCGGCAAUGCUCACUGUUAUCAACUUAAUUAUGAUUUGGCUACGUCCUAUCUUGAUCGAGCUCUCAAAAUGUAUGAGAAAACAUUACCAUCAAAUCAUUCAUACAUAUCUAGUUGUUACGCUGAUUGCGGAAGUAUUCAUUUUUUUAAAAAGAAUAUGAUCUUGCUCUGA